AUGACAGAAGGGGAGAAGGACCUUCCUCCUCAAUUCCUCAAUGGCUCCAUCAAUUCCCCCAAAAUCAGAAAACAUUCGCUUACUGAUCUCUUUCCCACCACCUGCACCGCCUUUGGAGCUGUUACUAGUCUUGCGCUGACCAACAUGGCAUCCAUGGCCGUGGAAGCUUCUUCAUCGGAGGACGAAGCAUCUCGAUCUGAAGAACUGGCGGAUGCCUCGGAGGACGAGGGGCAGCUGCGUCUCGGCACCUCGAGUACCGCUGCCACCGUCGGACCCAUCCAUGACGUUGCUUCUUCUGAUCAAGACCUCAAAGAUUCCCUCAACGCUUUUAGCGAACGGUCGUCGCUUGUAGCGAUUGUAAAUGGGCUGGGAGCGAAGGUGCUCCACAAGUUCUUCGACGGUCGCAAACUUCUUCAUGGCGGAUUCGACGUCGAGGCGGAGACGACGCAGGUUUUCUCCACCGUAGCCAGAUCUUUUCCUCACACCGCCGCCGUUGCCGGAAGUUUUCCUCAUGCCGCCGCCUCCGCCGCUUCUUAUUCUCGUGGCGCGAUUUAUGUUCUAAAGACAAAAUCCCCCUCUCAAGCACCAGUUGCCAGAAUGUCCUCAUGCGACAUUACUAAGGCUCGGCUGCCGUUGGCUGGCCAAAGUAAUAGUUUUUGUAUUGACCUUUUUACCCUAUCGUCAGCCAAUAGAGUAGAAGAACACCUACCACUCCAAGGAAUGCACUCUCCGCAAAAUCUUUGGAGGCCGUCUCUUCUCUACGAUCGGGAUUAUGUUCUCCAUGAGCUGCAUUUUAUUCAAAACCAAGCAAAAACUAAAUAG